UCUUGUUUUCACCUUCAGCUUUCACGACAGUUCCGCCGUCCGACAGAAGAAAGCGAUGCGGAGGAGGAGGAGGGAGGAGGAGAAGAGGAGGAAGAGGAGGAGAAGCGCGUCAGACGGAGCGGGGCAGCAGGAGGACGAACUUUAGUCUGGCGGCGGGGAAACUUUGUUCUCCCACAGACGUGGAAAGAGACGCAGGCCACGCGCGGCUCCACCCGACCCACGGGAGAAGAAGUCAAGUCAACACUUUCAAAGGGUUGAAAUGGAGAAACGUCACUAAUUUCAGGGGUUUUCAUCAGAACUCUGACUGCAGCCAUGAAUCUCCUCCGUCUUCACCUCCUCUUUUCAUCUUCCAGUUCUUUAAGCUCCAUAUCAGAGACUAUUCGUCUAUUAAAAAGCUAAAUUGUGUGUCCGAGCCCCCACUGGAUGGGACCAGGGGCUGUCUUCAACCAACGGUGCCCGUUAGAGGUCAGGACUCUGGAGCUAACGGGGUCUCGUCGUUUUGGGUCCAGCUCUGGUUGGUAGGAGGAGUCCGGACAGGAGUUGAUGUCCUCUACUCUCCCCUCGCCUGAAAGCAUCAUGAACCUGAGAGUUCAGAGCUAUCGGAGGGUUGUGAGGCUGGAAAGGUUUGUCAAAAUGUCAGGUAAGAUGAGAGGAGGCGUGGCUUUGUGGCCUGAGGGGUCAGGUGAAUAAUUCAGAGCUUGAUUGUGUGCUGAAGCGCUCAGAAUUCAAAGUGCAGAUGCAGUAUUAUGUGUUUAUGUCAUGAGAGCCCCCCACCCCCACCACACACCGGCGGCACGCUCCCCCCAAGGCCAAAGAUAACAGCUCGCCGCCCAAAACGCCGGAGCCGGAUCUGACUGGUCGUUUGGAUGGACUUCACCGCGUCCUAUCAGAGCUUCAUCCUGACGCUUGGCGCUCUUCUUCAGCGGGUCUGGGUCUGGAUCCGGAUGGGUCCUGACCCCAGAACUCUGAGUCCGGGUUCUGUCACUGCUGGUUUCCCACCGACUUCUGAUUCAUUUCUGGACAGUUAGGUCAAACGGGAGUUUCCUUCAAAAACCCCAGAAACCUCAAAAAAGAGUCAAGGCGUAAGCAAACAAAGCCGCCCGCCUGCUUUCUGUUUGUUCAGCCUCGUCGGUUACAUUUCAUCGAUCUUUUCUCUUUUGGCUGAACUUCUGCGUCUUCUGGAGUUGACAUCUGUGUCUGUCACGUCCCACCCCCUGUGAUUUGCCCCGGGGAUUCAGACGAGCAACACUGAUUCUUUCUGCGGCUGAAUUGCGGUUCAGUGAAAUCCGGAGCGACCUGCAGAUGAGUGUGAUGGACAGAUAGCAGAGGGACGCAGAGGAGGACAAGAUGUCGUUCUUCGGCCUGGACUGUGUGAGGAAGAGAGAACCAGAGCUGGAGAGGAAACUGCAAGCCAACGACCGCGAGUUCAACCUGUCCUUCAGAUACGCGACAAAUGCCAUCAAGACCUCCAAGUACAACGUCUUCACCUUCCUACCCCUGAACCUGUUUGAACAGUUCCAGAGGAUCGCUAACGCCUACUUCCUGGUUCUGCUGGUGCUUCAGGUGAUUCCACAGAUCUCCUCCCUGUCCUGGUUCACCACGGUGGUUCCUCUGAUCCUGGUGCUGUCGGUCACCGCCGCCAAAGACGCCAUCGAUGACAUCAAUCGCCACAGGAGCGACAACCGAGUCAACAACCGAAAAGUUCAAGUCCUUAUUGACCGAAAGCUCUGCAGCGAGACAUGGAUGAACGUCCAGGUGGGAGACAUCAUCAAGCUGGAAAACAACCAGUUUGUCACCGCGGACCUCCUGCUGCUCUCCAGCAGUGAGCCGCUCAACCUCGUUUACGUGGAAACGGCAGAACUGGACGGGGAGACCAACUUGAAGGUGCGACAGGCCCUGCCGGUGACCGGGGAGCUGGGAGAGGACAUCGGAAAGCUGGCGGACUUUAACGGUGAGGUGCGAUGCGAACCCCCCAACAACCGCCUUGACCGCUUCACGGGGACGCUGACCUUCGCCGGGCAGAAGUAUUCUCUGGACAAUGAGAAGAUCCUGCUGCGCGGCUGCACCCUGAGGAACACCGAGUGGUGCUUUGGACUGGUGCUGUUCGCAGGUCCAGAGACCAAGCUGAUGCAAAACUGUGGGAAGAGCAUGUUCAAGCGGACCAGCAUAGACCGCCUCAUGAACAUCCUGGUUCUCUGUAUCUUUGGCUUCCUGGCCUUCAUGUGCUUCGUUCUGGCCAUUGGAAACUACAUCUGGGAAACCAACGAAGGGUCCGGGUUCACCGUCUUCCUGCCGAGGGAAGACGGCGUCAGCGCUGGUUUCUCCACCUUCCUCACCUUCUGGUCGUACAUCAUCAUCCUCAACACCGUGGUGCCCAUCUCCCUUUACGUCAGCGUGGAGAUCAUCCGUCUGGGGAACAGCUUCUACAUCGACUGGGACAGGAAGAUGUACCACGCCAACAGCGACACCCCCGCCGAGGCCCGCACCACCACCCUGAACGAGGAGCUCGGUCAGAUCAAGUACGUCUUCAGCGACAAAACAGGAACACUAACCCAGAACAUCAUGGUCUUCAACAAGUGCUCCAUCAACGGCAAAUCCUACGGUUAUGUUGGCGACGACCAGAGACCAGAGAUUUUUAAGUCCAAAAACGCGGUGGAUUUUUCCUUCAAUCCGCUCGCCGAUCCCCGCUUUGUUUUCCACGACCAUUCCCUGGUGGAGGCGGUCAAGCUGGAGAGCCCAGAGGUUCACACCUUCUUCCGGCUGCUGGCGCUCUGCCACACCGUCAUGGCUGAGGAGAAGACAGAAGGUGAGCUCUCCUAUCAGGCCCAGUCUCCAGAUGAGGGAGCGUUGGUGACCGCGGCCAGAAACUUCGGCUUCGUCUUCCGCUCGCGCACACCGGGCAGCAUCUCCAUCGUGGAAAUGGGAAAUCAGCUCAGCUAUGAACUCCUGGCAAUCCUGGAUUUCAACAACGUGCGGAAGAGAAUGUCGGUCAUCGUGCGGAGUCCAGAGGGGAAGCUGUCCCUCUACUGUAAAGGAGCAGACACACUCAUCUAUGAGAAGCUGCAUCCGUCCUGCAGCAAACUGAUGGACCUCACUACAGAGCACCUGAACGAGUUCGCCGGGGAGGGUUUGCGGACUCUGGCGCUCGCCUACAAGGACUUGGACGAGGAGUAUUUCGAUCAGUGGAAACGGCGCCACCAUGAGGCCAGCACCUCCCUGGACGACAGAGAGGGCCAGCUGGACCUGCUGUACGAGGAGAUCGAGAAGGACCUGCUGCUGCUUGGAGCCACCGCCAUAGAAGACAAACUACAGGACGGCGUUCCUCAGACCAUUGAGCAGUUGGCCAAAGCCGACAUCAAAGUUUGGGUUUUGACGGGAGACAAACAGGAAACUGCAGAAAACAUCGGCUACUCCUGCAACUUGCUGCGUGAGGAGAUGACCGAGGUCUUCGUCAUCUCUGGACACUCGGUGGAUGAAGUCCACCAGGAGCUGAGAACCGCUCUGAACGCCAUGAAACCAGAAACGGCAGAGGACUCCGUGUUUCUGUCAGAGGCCGCUACGGGCAAAGGAGCGGAGGCGGCCGAAGACGAGGCGGUUAGCGGGGACUACGGCUUAGUCAUCAACGGACACAGUCUGGCGUACGCCCUGGAGCACAGCAUGGAGCUGGACUUCCUGAGGACGGCGUGUUUGUGCAAGGCGGUGAUCUGCUGCAGGGUGACUCCUCUGCAGAAGGCGCAGGUGGUGGAGCUGGUCAAGAAGUACAAGCGGGCGGUCACCCUGGCCAUCGGAGAUGGAGCCAACGACGUUAGCAUGAUUAAAGCGGCUCACAUCGGCGUGGGGAUCUCGGGCCAGGAGGGCAUGCAGGCCGUGCUGUCCAGCGAUUACUCCUUCGCCCAGUUCCGCUUCCUGCAGCGCCUCCUGCUGGUGCACGGCCGCUGGUCCUACCUGCGGAUGUGCAAGUUCCUGCGCUACUUCUUCUACAAGAACUUCACCUUCACCUUCGUCCACUUCUGGUUCGCCUUCUUCUGCGGCUUUUCUGCCCAGACGGUGUACGACGAGUGGUUCAUCACGCUCUACAACCUGAUGUACACGGCACUUCCUGUUCUGGGGAUGGGUCUGUUCGAUCAGGAUGUGAGCAGCAGCUGGAGCUUCCAGUACCCGCAGCUCUACGUUCCGGGUCAGAGGAACCUGUACUUCAGCAAGAGGGCCUUCUUCAAGUGUGCUCUCCACAGCUGCUACAGCUCGCUGCUGCUCUUCUUCAUCCCCUACGCCGCCCUGCAGGACACCGUGAGGGACGAUGGCAAAGACGUGGCCGACUACCAGUCCUUCGCGCUGCUCACGCAGACGUGUCUGAUGUUUGCAGUGAGCAUCCAGCUGGGGCUGGAGAUGUCCUACUGGACGGCGGUGAACACCUUCUUCGUUUUGGGCAGUCUGGCCAUGUACUUUGCCGUCACGUUCACGCUGUACAGCAACGGCAUGUUCCUCAUCCUGCCGGCGGCUUUUCCCUUCUUAGGAACGGGCCGGAACUCUCUGAGCCAGCCCAGCGUCUGGCUGACCGUUCUUCUCACCUCCAUCCUGUGCGUCCUGCCGGUGGUCACCUACCGCUUCCUGCUGACUCAGCUCUGCCCCUCCAUCAACGAUAAGGUGAUGUUCAAGGCGAGGCAGGCCAAAGCCACGCCCCCACCUCCUUCGCAGCGCACUCGCAUCCGCCGUACCAGCUCCCGCCGCUCCGGAUACGCCUUCUCGCACGCGCAGGGCUACGGCGACUUGGUGACGUCGGGUCGAUACCUGCGGCGCCCGGCUGUGCCACGCCCCUCAGGCUUCGCCAACAUGGGUCGCGCCACCACGGGCUUCAGCCCAAUGGGACGGUCUGCCGGGUACAGCCCCACGGGGCGGCCCCAGAACGCUAAGGCGCAGAACGUGGAGGUGACGUCGCUGCAGAUGUACAGGACGAUCCAAGAACCCGCCCUCUGAACGGCGCCAUUUUUUUCUGCUGCUGCAGCAACAGACUUUGAUUUUCCAGGAGGAGGGCAGGUCAGAGGUAAAGCCCCGCCCAGUAUGGAACCAGUGGAGGGGGGCCUCCGUGACAGAGGGCGGACCCGGGUCAUCAUGUUUACACAGUUUUGCUACAGAGAUUCUCAUUUUCUACCUUUUGUGCCUCCAGCUGCCUAUCCUAAAGCCCCCCUACAGUGACGGGGGGGACAACCUGCCCCCCCUUACAAACCAACCUAUGAGGCUUCUAAUAAAAUUCUCUUCUGGGGUUGAGUUUAAGCGGACCGCAGACGCGAGCGGCCGUCACGCGACGACAGGAGGAAGGAGAGAAAACAUCGUCAUCUUCAAAAGCAGCUUCGUCUAAAAGAUGAACACCAUCCCCCCCCCCCCCCCCCCCCCCCCAUGACCAUGACCCCAUGAAAGUCAUCCGUUAAUUAUUUACCAAAAUUACCAAAAGUUACCAGAAAACAGAGGAAAUGUCCACUCUGAGGCUGCCCACGGGGGAGGGGGGGGGGGGGAAUGCAGAUCCUCGACCAAUCAGGUGCUCUGGACAAUUAAGGAAAAAUCUGCAAAGGUAGCAGGAGAAAAGAAAGAUGUUGAAUCACGAGCAGACCAAAUGGUGACGAGAAGCUAAAGAUCUGUUUGUGUCGGAACCGUUAACCGGAUCACAGAACUGGACUGACUGUGUGUGAUGUCAUCCACAGAAAAUGGUUUAUUCCGGCUCCAACCAAACGUUGAUUCUGUCCCAAUUCUUUACGACACAAAGACCGCCAUGUUGGAGAAAGACGUCAGCAGUAAGUCGGUCUGAGUUUCUAUGGCAACCACUCUCACCACUCAGGAGUGGGCUUGUUGGAAGGCCACACCCCUAAUACUUGAAAGCGGGCUGCACCACGUCUGUCAACAUGGGGGCCAGCAGGCUCCACCUACCUUUGUUAAGGCCUCUGAUUGGUCAGUUUAUAACUUGAACUGCAAAAAGAGGAUUAUCAAGAAGAAAUGGUUCUUCUGACCAAUAGAAAGGAAGCCACGCCCACUAUUGUCAUUUCAGAACAAUCAUAUCUGUCACUCUCAACAUGGCAAAAGAUGUUUUUACCUGUGGAAAGGAAACCACGCCCACUUUUUGCAUCCACAUGUUUCCCCUCUUUUGUAGCUCCGCCCAUUUUUCCAUGUGUGGCUUUAGUUUUUUUUCCUGACACUUCAGUUUUAGUCACUCAGAGGGAAGAACAUUCAAAUCAAACUUUAUUGACACCAAAGGAACCUUUCAGAGGAAACCGUUGGUUUUACAGAGAAUCAAAGGGAAGGUUGAACCUCUUCAUCAUCCGGAGUCUUCAUCACUGAACUGAAGUCUCUGUUUAGCAGAGUGGUGAAUGUAUCUAAGAUCAAUAUUUUGAUCAGCCAAAGGAACCGAGACGGACGCUUUAGAACAGAACCGGUUCCGUUUCUGAUCUCUGGGCUUCUUUAGAGGAGAAGGUGGAACUAAAAACUAAAAUUUCCUGCUGCUGCUGUUUUCACUUUGAAUUUGAUGUUUUCAUCAGACUUUCCUUUAUUUUCAGUCCUUUUUUCUCAGUACAAAUGAUCCAUUGAUUGUAAGUGAAUUUAGUUUAGAUCAUAUUUUUUCAAGGAUAAGUCGUUUAAUUUAUAACAUUUUCCAGAUCCUCUUUGUUCUUGUUUUUAUUGUUUUUUACUUUACAGAAAGGGAAAAAGCCAUUAAAAGAACGCUUCUGUAUUUCCUUUAAUUAAACUUCAGCUUUUAUGUCUAAAUUUGUAAAACAAAUCCAAAAAA